CCGCGAUGACGGACGACGAGAAGACGGCGGAGGAGCUGCUGCUCGCGAUGGGCGACUACACGCCCGCGAUUCCCGAGGAGGUGACCGCGCACUUCUUGGCGCAGUCGGGCUUCCAGGCGACGGACGAGCGGCUUGUGCGGCUCGUGUCGCUCGCGACGCACAAGUUUGUGGCUGACCUCACAAACGACGCCCUGCAGCACUGCAAGAACCGCCAGGCAGCGCGGAAGGGCGACGUGCGGCUCGUGCUCACCACCGAGGACCUGGCGCAGGCUUGCCGCGAAAACGGAAUCUCGCUGCGCAAGCCGCCCUACUACGCCGACACGCCCGCGGGAAGUAGCGACGCCGGCUAGGCCGCGCUCAAUCCACCACCUGACCGGAGGCCGUGGUGCCAGAGCUCGGCGCAGGGCAGUUCCUUCGCGGCUCUUACUAAAGGGCUGGGCGCGCGUGCGCCGCCGCACCGCCGAGGAGAGACUGCGGCUCUUCCGUGCCCGGUCGGCUUGCGUGCUGUAUCGUGGUCGCUCCUCGCCCACGCCCCCACACGCACCUCGGCACGCACCUGCUGUACUAGUGCUCGCGCUCUUUCCCCAGCCUGCCAGUCACAAGUGUCACCGCGCCUGGUCGCUCGCAUAUUAAAUUCCAUAGGGGUCGC